AUGCCGACGGGCACUGUCUCGAAUUGGAACUUCCCCAGGCCCGGCCGGCGGAACUCCGAAGGCUUCGGCUUCGUGAAGGUUGAUGGUGACAGUGGUGGCUCUGGUGACCUCUUCCUCUAUGCAGAUAGCAUCAAGGACCCCAAGCUGCGGAGCGCGGCCAAGCUCUUCGGUCUCAAGAACCAACAAAGAAUUAAGUUCGACAUCGAGGAGCCCUUGAGCCAAAGAAAAAGCCGUUUGGCCAUCAAUGUCAUGCCUUUAAAAGACGAGGACGACCGAGACCGACCCAGGAGCCGGAGCCGCGGCCGGAGGUCUCCGAGUCGCAGCCCUCCCAAACGAAGGGCGAUGAGGAUGGUGUUGAUGGAGUCAGUCAUCCCCAUUGCUCCACUUUCAGGGCUACUUGUGAAAUCGGUGACCCCCACACGCACACAGUGGCUGCUUGCUCCAAAACGCAGCGCGCCAAGUCCCCAAACUCAGAACUCGUGGGAAGCUGUGAGUUCAGAUUGA